GAGCGGAGAGGAGAGGAGGCAGUGCACAAGGUCAUGUGCUUGCAUCCCAUGUCACGUGCAAUUGAAGACCUUAACCCAAUUGGAGGGAAAGUCAUCUGGCCGUCCAUUUGACAUCGGACGGUCAUGAUCAAACCAAAAGAAAGCAGUAAAAAAGAAGUUGGAACAUAAAGAGCUAGAGAAACAGAAACACAGACUGGAGUAUUCAGUUUUUGGUGAAGAUAACAGAGAAAGCUCCGAUCUUUCAACUUAUUAUUCAUCAAAUUGAAAAUCUGAAUCAGACCCACUGUUCUAAAGCCUCUAAUCUUUCACUCUCUCAAUUUUUUCUGGAAAGUAUGUGUUUUUUUCCCUUCUCUCGUUGACCAAACAACAACAAAAAAAAAGACUUUUCAAGUUUUUGCCGCUGCUGGAACUGAGCAAUGAAGUGAAGCGUCUUCACUGCUAAUAGGAUAAAUUUCUGAGCAAUUUUUAUCGCAUUGACUGGAGAUCUUGAGUAGUGAAUGAUACCCGCCUCACAAUUUGUGUGGGCUAAUUUUUUGCUGUUUAGAGAGGGGAAGAGAGAUGAUGGAGAAGGAGAAGCAUAAGGAGAAGAAGAGUCAAGGAGCUGGAGAUACAGAUUUUGUGUUGCAAUGGGGAAGUACAAAGAGGCUUAGAUGUGUGAAAGUGAAAAAAGCCCAAAACUUGGCCAAUAAAUCUAAACUAAAUGAUUCUUUGCCCAGGAAGAAACUUACUUCUCGCGCUGUCACUACCGAGAAAGAAUUUCCUUCUCGCCUCAUCAAGGAUUCUGAUUUGUUAACGAACAAUCGGAAGUCAUCAGCGUUGUCACCGGAUAAGGAAGAUCGGUACUACACAACAAGGGGAUCAUUGGGAUUGGAUGAUAAUAGCAAGAUUUUAGUGGAUACUGUUAAGGAAGAAAAGGUUGUUUGGCCCAGACUGUUUAUAACAUUGUCUAACAAAGAGAAGGAAGAGGAUUUCAUGGCUAUGAAAGGGUGCAAGCCUUCUCAGAGGCCUAAGAAAAGAGCCAAGUUGAUUCAACGAACUUUACUUAUGGCAAGUCCAGGUGCAUGGUUAUCAGAUUUGUGUCAAGAGAGGUACGAAGUAAGGGAGAAGAAGACUUCCAAAAAGAGACCUAGAGGAUUGAAGGCAAUGGGAAGCAUGGAAAGUGACUCGGAAUGAGAGAUUUUGACCUUUGGCAGUUAGGAGAGACGACUAGAAACAGAAGGUUCCCUUCUUUCUUUUGUUGAAGGAGGAAAAAGGAAGGAAAAGAGAAAGAGAAUGGUAGAGGUGUCUCUUUCCCACUUGGUUGUUUUUGUAGCUGUUAGCCUGUAAUUUGCUUUGUCAGUUUGAUAUUUGGAAUAUAAAAUAUUAUUUUUAUGUCA